AUGUUCAAACGGUUCACUCGGUUCUACGCCACUUACCGGCAUUUCGGCGACAGAAUAACGCGAACGGGAUGGACGUUUGAACUGACGCCCACAGGCCGUCGCAAUCUGACCAUCGCCGGCGCAGGGCUCGCUGUGCUUGUCGCCACCCACAUAGAACAGGCCCCCGUGACCCACCGCUCGCGACUGAUGAUUGCGCCGGCGUGGAUGGAGCUGUGGUCUGCAAAUUCCAGCUACAAGGCGCUGAUCAACCAGUACCACGGGGCCAUCCUGCCGGCCAGCCACCCGGCAACGCUCAGAGUCAAGGCCAUCAUGGCCCGCUUGAUAAAGGCGGCCGAGAACUACAUCGACCCUGACACGGGCGAGCGGGCGAACUUGUUUGCAGACCUCAAGACACACACGUUGCCGGCGAUCGAGUGGAAGAUCCACGUGAUCGACGACGUGAACCGGGUUGCCGGCAGGCCGACGCCAAACGCCUUUGUCAUCGGCGACGGCAAGGUGUUUGUGUUCCGGUCGAUCAUGCAGAUGACGCCGACCGACGACGAGCUGGCGACCGUCCUGGCACACGAGCUGGGCCAUCUGCUUGCGCACCACAUCAGAGAGCGGCUUUCGGCGGCCCCGCUGUACACGGCCGCUGCGGUGCUGAUGAACACGGUUUUCGGGCCCUCGUCGUUCAACUCUGUGCUGUCCAACAUUCUGUUUGAGAGCCCGAACUCGCGCGCAAUGGAGACCGAGGCCGACUACAUUGGCCUGAUGCUGAUGUCGCUCGCGUGCUACAACCCGCACGAGUCGCCGCGGUUCUGGAACCGCAUGGUGCAGUACGAGCGCCGCAGCGGCCAGAUCGUCCCGGAGCUGCUGAGCACGCACCCAAAGAGCGAGCGCAGAAUGCAGAACAUCGGCGAGUGGAUGCCCCGCGCAGACAAGCUGUACGAGCUCGCCGGCUGCGCAGGCAUGCUGUCGUACAGAGACAUGUUCAAUAAAUGGUAG